AUGUUUACACUUGGACGGUUCCACAAUAGUUCAGCCUCAAUCAAGAGUCAAUUGAUGGGCCAAUUUAACACUCUUUCGUUCAUACAAUACCCGGAUGUGGGAGUUACACGGAUUCAUGAGAUAUUUUGUAAUUUUACUGUGCACUUUCAUGGAAUAUUAUUACAAGAACUGUUAAGACUUUGUGCUGGAGCGAUUCGCAAUCUAGUUAAUGCGUUACACAUUAAGCAUAAACAUGAAAUACUAGAUGUAAUAACAAAUUUCUUAGGGCUUAAGACCAGUUCCCAAGAGAAGUGUUCCUUCGUAGUCUCUAACACCCACGGUAAAAGAUCAUCGAGCAACCCCGGAGAAGGGCGGUCCAUCACGCCCACCCUACAGCCAGCCUUACCACGCCCACUUCUAGACAUCCUCCUGGACGCCCUAAGCUCAGCUACACGCCCAGGUGCCCAGAGUGCCGCCCAUUCUCAGUUCAGACAGAGGAUUCCCAGCGACUUCGCCGCCGCCAACGCCGCUACCCGCGCUCUGCUCCUGGAGGAUGUGAACGAGGCCGGCGCGCGUGCCAUGGCGGAUGGGAACGAGGACUCCGGUUCCUUCGCUUACGCUCCUAACGGCCAAGAGACGGAGGAUGCUGUGUUUGUCUUUUCUCCCGUGGAAGAUUACAGCGAAGCCCGUUACAGAAGGGAUGCUGGGAAUGCAUCUGCCAAGGACGUGGUCUUCGCCAAGGACGAGACGCUCCCGAAGGACUCCGAGUUGGAGGAAAAGGAAGGAGAGGAUGUCGCCCUCGAGGUCACACGGGAUGGGAAGAGGAGGAUGAGCACCCGCGCAGCACAGCCGAGGAGGAUUGUGGAUCUGCAUAUCCUGGCG